CGCCUGCAGCGGCGUUUCGCCAGUGGGGAGCGGGGUGAGAGGGGACGCGGCGUCUGCAGCGGCGGCAGGGGCGGGAGGUCAGUGUCCGAGCCGCGGUGGGACGCGCGCCGGCUGCCGGAGGCCGCGGUGAGGGGCCGAACCUGAGUGGCUGUGUGGAGCCGGUCAUCAGCCUCGCCAGCCCCUCGGCUCUGUGGAGGAACAGCAGCGGUGUGUGGGAUAUUAGAAAUGGCUACUCCCCAAUCAGUGUUCAUCUUUGCAAUUUGCAUUUUAAUGAUAACAGAAUUAAUUUUGGCAUCAAAAAGUUACUAUGAUAUCUUGGGUGUGCCAAAAUCGGCAUCAGAACGCCAAAUAAAAAAAGCCUUUCACAAGCUGGCCAUGAAGUAUCAUCCUGACAAAAAUAAGAGCCCUGAUGCUGAAGCAAAAUUCAGAGAGAUUGCAGAAGCAUAUGAAACACUAUCAGAUGCUAAUAGGCGAAAAGAAUAUGACACACUUGGACACAGUGCUUUUACUAAUGGUAAAGGACAAAGAGGUAGUGGAAGUCCUUUUGAGCAGUCAUUUAACUUCAAUUUUGAUGACUUGUUUAAAGACUUUGGGUUUUUUGGUCAAAACCAAAACACUCGGUCUAAGAAGCAUUUCGAAAAUCACUUCCAGACACGCCAGGAUGGUUCCAGUAGACAAAGGCAUCAUUUCCAGGAGUUUUCUUUUGGAGGUGGACUGUUUGAUGACAUGUUUGAAGAUAUGGAGAAAAUGUUUUCUUUUAGUGGUUUUGACACUAACAAUCGGCACACAGUACAGACCGAAAAUAGAUUCCAUGGAUCUAGCAAGCACUGCAGGACUGUCACUCAAAGAAGAGGAAAUAUGGUUACUACAUACACUGACUGUUCAGGACAGUAGUUCAUUCCUUUUUUUGUUCUCACUAAACCCAGCUAGUUGACUCUUCUUUAAUAUCUUUGAUGCAAAACAAUUUUCUGUGAACUUUUUUGACAAGUGCAUGAUUUCACUUGAUACAGCUAUUGAAUAUAUUUAAAUUGUUUUCAACAAAUUCAGCAACAGUAGAGAAAUAGCUAGUUAUUAAUUUCCCUGAUUAGGAAAGGUUCUUUAAAAUAGAUAUUAUAAUUCUGACCUUUUAUUUCUGCUUGCCCUUGGGCUUAGUAACAAUGGCCAGUUUUAUUACCCAGAAAAGAUUGAGUUUGCCUGAUAAAUAUGUAAAGGUUAAGCUUUAAAAGUCAUUGUAGACUAAAGUAGUGUGAAUUUGAAUAAUUUUUGCAGUGAAACCUUUAUUAAAUUAAAAUUGCAUGCUCUGUAGCAUCUCUGUCUUGGGUUGCUAAAUGUAUGUGAAACUAUAUAAUUGAGUCAUUCAGCAAAGGAUAGCAAUAUCUUGGUUAAUUUCCACUGAAAACUUCAGAAAGGUAUGGUUUAAUAUUUACCAGAGAAACUAUGCCUUUCUGCAGUAGAAUUGGAGAAAAGGAAAUGAUUAUGUUGCUUAUCGCCAUUUAGGCUGAAAGAAAGUUGAAAACUUGACAAAAUAUUGGCAAGUGAUAUGUGUUUGGUUCCUGGUAAAUAAUUUUCUGGUGUUGAAGUCAUAGCUUCUUUACACAUCUUUUCACAUUUCUUUCUUAGUUGUUGGUACUCUAGGUCUUCAUAUGGAUUUAUGUAUUAUAUGUGGUUCCUCCUCUUUGCACUCAUCUUUAGAGAUUGACUAAUACCUCAUUCUGUUUGUAAAAACAGCCAGUAAUUUCUGUGCAACCUUACGUGCAAUAUUUUUAAAUCCUAAGAAAUGUGUGCUUUUUUUUUUUCAGAUAGACUUCUUUAGUUCUGCACUUUUCCACAUUAUACUCCACGAGUAUUAAUCCUAUGGAUACAUAUUAAAACUAGUGAAUGUCUCAUACAACAUUGCGUGUGAGUGAUAAAAAUACACUAUUUACAAUA